AUGAGCUAGUAAUUGGUUCAACAGUAAUCCCCUGAGAGCAGUAAUAAUAGAUCUAAUCAAAGUCAAACUAAUAUCAGUCCAGGCUUGAAUAAUGUAGCCAUAGUAACUGGCUCUAGCGCAAAGUAAAGGGAAGAGUUUGAGUAGAUGCUAAAUGAAGUGAGACAGAGACUGGAGGAGAAACUUAAAAUGUUCAAGGAAAAGCAACUGACAUAAAAUGGCAAACAUAAUACCAAGGAACUUCAAGAUCUACAGCAAUUAGCUAUUUAGUACAAGAAAUUGAUGGAGCAGAGAGACUACGAUUUGAGAGAUCUGGAAUAACUCUAAAAUGCUGAGAAGGAAUUGAAGACUGCCUAAUCAGAGCAGCAAAGAGUGUAACUUGAGUUGUAAGAUCUCAGAAACUAAUUAGUUCAGUUGCAGUCAGAACAAAGAGUUCUAGAUUAAGAUAUUCAGAUAGAGGACAUGAGAAGGCAAAUUUUAGAAAGACUGAAGAACUUGAAGGAGCAAAUAAUCAAGCAAAAGUAAAAUAUUUCAGACCAAGGUCAGUAGAAGGUCUCCAAAGAUCUAAAUGAGCAAAUCUAACUCAUGCAAAGAUACCUCUCUCAGAUUGAGUAGUUGGAAAAAUAAGCAGCUUCAUCUAUCAGAUAAGACUUGUAGCGAAAAAUUAAGGAGUAAGAGGACGAUCACAACAAGGCUAAAUAAGAUCUCAUUCAGUUAAAUACUCAAAAGCAGUAGUUUAUCAAGAAAUUAAAGGAGGACAUUGAAGUCUAAAAAAGAAAGAAUGAUCUAAUCUAGCAGGAAAAAGAAGAUAACGAUGUCAAGCUUAAGGAACUUAGAGAUUAAUUGGCUCAGCUUUAGUAAUAGAAACGUGAUUUAUUAAGUGAAAAGGAGAAGGAAUUACUGAAUUUAUAAUAGGAAAGCGGGCAGAGUGAAAAAUCUGCUGUCGAAAAUUUUAACAAGAACAAUCCACAACUCAACUUACUAAAGUAAAUCAUUGAUCAAAUCAAGAAUAGAACAGCCUAGUUAUCUUCAGAAACAAACAUACUUAAAGAGGACUGGGAGAGAAAGAAACUGAGGAUUGAAAGUGACUAGAUCAAUGAAGUCAAUAAUAUAAACCAAAAAAUGAUAGCUAAGCUCAGCUAGGACAUUGAUAAGCUUAUAAAGGAAAAGGAAAAUGAGACUUAAAAACUUAGAAUGAAGUUGCAGAGUCUAGAGCAGAUCAAGCUCAGACAAGAAUAAGCAGUUGACCAAGAAACAGUUGAUAGACUUAAGGCUGAAUAUGUGUAGAAAUAUAGUCAAUAUAAACAGGCAUACUAGGAAAAAGGGCAGAUGUAUGGCUAGAUUGCAGAUAUGACCAAAGAUAUUCUAGGGUUUAACAAUGAAUUUAUAGAUAAGGAAUGUAAUCAUGCCAAAAAGUAACUCGAAAAAGAGAUAGCAAAGGUUACUGCUGAAAAUAAUGAUGAUCAACUCAGAAUUAUAAAUGAUAAACUCUACAAAUCAAAGGAAAUAGAGGAGGCUUACCUGAAUUAAUUCGGCAUUUAUGAUAAAUAAAUUGCUGAUCUAUCACAUAAGCUUUAAGAUCGUGAUGAAGAUAUUAAUCAACUAGAGGAAAUAUUGGAGGAUAAAGACAAAUAUAUCGAUGAGCUUAAGAAAGAAAUUGAAAUUUAACAAGCGAUGAAGAGACGUAUCUAGGUUAUAGUGCCACCAAAGAAACCAGAAAAGAAAGCAUUCUAAUUCCCCAUGAAAAGACUUAGACAGGGAGAGUAUCUUUUUGCUGGCAAGGUGAUUAAUGCCAAAGUAUCAAAUGGCAAGUUGCUGUUCAGAACUGGCGGAGGUUACAUCAUGUUUGAUGAAUUCUUGCAUUAAUAUGCUAAGGAAUAGGUGGCAGAAUUGAGAGCAUUUGCUGAAAGUGAAAACCUAACUCUUGAAGAAGUCUUAAGUAAGUUUGAGCAGCACUACAUUGAGGAAUAUACUCAAGGAAUGACUGGUACGAUGUCUACAGCACUUGGGAAAAUGCUGGCUUGA